CACAGAGUUGGCCGGAAAAAUAUCCUGAAAUAAUUCAUUCAGAAAUUGUUUGAUUUCGAUUAUUUCAUUUUUUUCUCAAUCUUUUCUCCAAUGGCCAUAUAAAUCAAAGAGCAUUUUCUAUUGUGCGCAUAGUACACCUUUUAAAAGCAAUUAAAUUUUCAUGAACUUUCCGGCAAAUUUCAACACCAACGAACCAUCAAAAUUCAAUGUGGACACUUUAACUACGCUGAAGCUUGUCAAAAAGUACAAUCCGUCAUUCGUUACCACUUUCAUUGUCGAUCGCAAAGAAGCGCAUAGCCUGACCGGAGACGAUCUUAGGAAAUGCGAAAAUAUGAUCACAUUGAAGAAGAAGAAGGAAAUCAAUGCAAAGUAUACCGGUCUGUGGAAAUCUAAAAUCAAAACGGCGAGUUAUGACUUCCGGAAUAAGAAGAGGCCAAAGACACCACAGCAGGGAAGUGCGAAACAGUCGGGUAGAGUUGAAAAACCAAAAACCCCACGACUUGGAAGUGCAAGGAGUCAGUCAAUGGUUGACAAGAAUGUGAAGAGCAAAGAUUUGAAAUUUAGACAUGAGAAUGUGGUCAAGAAAAGGAUUAAGAACAUGAAAGAGAUCUUUAAGAGCAACGUUUACACGAAUCACAGCGCUUCGACUAUCGACGGUUCCAUUAACUCCCCCACAGGUCACUUACCCACUCCGAAAGACAUAAUCGAAAAAAGUGGAAGUAAAGUGAAGUCGUUUUGGAAGUUACAAAAAUCUACGAAUACUUUGACGAAAGCAGGCAACAACAAGUAAAUGAGUGACGUAAGUCAAUCACGAAUUCCUUAUCGACUUCUCUUAUUUUACCGGAAGAAUUGAAAUCAGCCCAGACAAACGUACUGUACAGCAUGAGACAAAUGCUUGCGGUGACCACAUCACAGUCACAUUGAAGUCAAAAGCAGAGGGAACACCAUCAAGAAAAGCUCAGAUUAAUACCCUAAAAAUAUCCAGACGUAGUUGCUUCUCCCUGCUCAACAUAAGUAGCUCCAGCGACUGCAAAGUUUUGUACAAAAAUUGUUUCCUAUGCAAUCGACGGAAAGAUUUGAAAGUUUUCACGAACAAAAUCAACUCGCCUAAGUUCAGGUAUGGCGCUGCUGGAGAACGCGAUAAAUUUGCCGAAAAGCGACUGGUUUUACAAUUGCGGUCUACAUUGAUUGGAUUCCUGACUACAGAAUAUCCGAUUCAUCGAGUCGAAAAUGCAACUGCGGCACAUACGAUCGAAGAGAGAUUCGCAAUUACCGAGUCAUACGUUAAGACCGGGCUGGAAUAUAUUCUCGGAUGCACAAUCGGUAGAUUAUCCAAUUAUUUUGUUGGGUCUGAAGAGGAGUCUGUUGGAAAGGGAAUUGAUUUCGCAUCGAAAUUGUCGUACAAAGUUACUUCUGUGAUACUUGUUACAGUUCUAAGCUUCUACAUCAUCUACUUAUUGUACAUGAAAUUUGCAAGUGUUUUCGUAAUAAAAUGAUUGGCUUCGUUGACAG